UCAGGGAGGCCUGUAGAAACAGUACCAUCACCAUUAAACUAAUGCUAAGUAUUUAUCUCUCCACAUAUAUGGCUAAAAGGAUGAGAAUUGUGUAGCAGCUAAUGCCCAUCACUAACAGGAGACUUACUGUUAUCUCCUGUCUACAUUCACUGAGGUUUCCUGGAGUGUGGAUCUGAUUCCCUUGUAUGAAUUGUCUAGGAGGAAAGCCAAAGCCCUGGACCUUACUCAUACUUGAGAAAAACCUUGGACUUUACUAAAAACCGUGGACCAUACCAAGACAAAAACAUUGGACCUACUAAGACAAGAGCCUUGGACUUUACCAACAGAAGAGCCUUGGAUCAAGAAGAAGAGCCUUGGAUCUAGAAAAGCCUUGCACUCAAGGCUUACUAAGACAAGACUUUGGAAAGCUUUGCACAGAAGAAGACGAUGAGUUUUGACAGUGUCCCCUCCAGGUCAGAGGUGAUGGGGUGGAACGCACGUAGUCUAGCCGACUAUAUGAAGAGGCUAAGGCUGUCCAGCUGUGACAAAGUGGUGAUGAAGACUAGCAUGAACGGAGCACGCUUUCUGAAGAUGAAAGAUGGCGACCUUCAGAAGUUUCCCACCAUUCAUAUUCCAGUCAUCACUGAGAUCUGUAGUGAGAUCAACAGGAGUGAAGAGGAGAGGGGGUUCAGUCAGAGAUCAAGGGAACCUAAGAGACAUCAACAAGAUUUUGUACAAGAGGAAGAUGAAGCCUGGGAUUCAGAAACGUUUGAUAUGAGUGAUAAUGACUAUGAGAACCCUGAUGAGGACGACAGUUAUAUCUGUGCCUUGUCUGACCGCCUGCCACCUGCAGAGGGAGAGGAGGAAGAGGGGAGUGAUGUUGACUAUGAGCCUCCUCCCUCAGCUACAGAGGAGAUCCCCCGCCUCCUCAAUCUCCCUAAGCCCCUAGGGAACAGUGACUAUAUAGAUUCCGUGCGUGGAGGUCCGUCAGGAACUCUUCCUACUGAAAGGAUUCCGAGACCACCCCAGCGCCCUGGUCCUCAGGCUCUGGCCACCAGCCAUAACACACUGGCCAGACCUCCCACAUCCAGACUAGACCCCUCCCCUCAGAGGCCAUUCAAAGCUGCAGGUAAACGCCCUUCUGUCCCCAUGGUUGACCGAAGCAAGAAGCCUGGACAGCCCGCUCCCACCAAGAAACACCAUCACACAAACACCAAAACAACUCCUACAAGAGAGUGCAGUCCAUUCAGCUCUCCCCAGCCCGCCAUAGUGAAGCCACCUCAACUAAAGGGCCCAAAGCCACCAGACUAUAGACCCAGCUCCAGUAAACCUCCUUCAAUGGUCCCCAACACAAUGCCAGGCACAGAGAAGGACAUUGAUCCUGAGUGGUAUGGAGGACUGGUGACCAGAGGCCAGGCUGAAGCAUCUCUCAGAUGGGUUAACAAGGAUGGAGCGUUUCUGGUGAGGGACAGUUCCAAGGGUUCUUCUGAGCAGCCCUUCACCCUCAUGGUGCUGAACCAAGGCAAGGUCUACAACAUCCAGAUACGUCACCAAGGCAACACAUACCACCUGGGCACCGGCCUCAUGGGUAGUGAGAGUUUCCCAGGAGUGGAGGAGAUAAUAGAACACCACACACACACCCCUCUGCUGCUUAUAGACAUGGAGAGAGGACCUGGAGCACAGAGCCAGUGCUGCCUGCUGCACCCUGCACCACUCUGACCAGAACCAGCAGCACACGAAACACUGUGUGUGUGUGUGUGUGUGUGUGUGUGUGUGUGUGUG